AUGGAAGCAUCGAUCAUGUUGGAGGACGCGUCAGAACCCAUGGAAGUGUCUUCUCCAGUGGUUGUGAGGACCGAGCUCGAGCCGGAGGAGGAAGAAGAGAGCGAUGGUGAGAUUGAACAAGGCAGUGAUGAGAAACCCAAAACUGACGACCCUGAGGAUGAAAUACUGGAGAUACUACAGGCGCCAGAGUGGGACGUGGACAGCUUCGAUGGUUUAGAGUAUUAUUCUUCAGCGGAGGAAGAGCUUUCCUCACCUUUAUCCGACGAGGAUGUGGCUGUAGAACACUACAACAUGGACAAACGCCAGCUAAUCAAUAGCAAGGAUCCAAAGUUGGAGUUUGUUGAAGUUGUGAGAGGUAACUAUCGCGGAGGACGGAAAUCCAAGUCGUACAUUACAUUUAUGGCGAGGGAGAAGCCAGAUGGACCUGUGGUUGAGUAUCAAGCCAAGGCUAUGGUUACUCUCGACCUAAAGAGACACCUCAUCCUCUGUAGACCGGCUCCUAUGCCAAAGCCGAUUUAA